AUGCAGGCUAUCGCAAGGCAAACACGGCCCGCGGGCAAGCUCGUCCAGCAGCUGUCCAAGAGGACCUACAGCUCCAACUCGUCCCCCUAUGCUGCGACCAUCAACAACUUGAAAAUCAACAGCGACACCAAGGUUAUCUUUCAGGGAUUCACGGGAAAGCAGGGAACUUUCCACGCUCAGGGUGCCAUCGAAUAUGGUACCAAGGUUGUUGGCGGCACAAACCCCAAGAAGGCUGGCCAAACACAUCUUGAUCGCCCCGUCUUCAAGAAUGUGAGCGAGGCCGUCAAGGAGACUGGCGCUACUGCCACCGCCAUCUUCGUUCCCGCAGAAGGGCAUUUGCUAACAAUAAAUGUGAAAAUAGCCCCCCUCUCGCUGCUGCCGGUAUCGAGGAGGCCCUCAACGCCGAGAUCCCCCCUCGCCGUCUGCAUUACCGAAGGCAUCCCUCAGCAUGACAUGGUUCGCAUCACCUCUAUGCUCAGGACCCAGUCCAAGACCCGUCUCGUCGGUCCCAACUGCCCUGGCAUCAUCGCCCCCGGCCAGUGCAAGAUCGGUAUCAUGCCCGGUUUCAUCCACAAGCGCGGCCGCAUCGGUAUUGUCUCCAGAUCCGGCACCCUCACCUACGAGGCCGUCAACCAGACCACCCAGGCCGGCCUCGGCCAGUCCCUCGUCGUCGGCAUCGGCGGUGACCCCUUCAGCGGUACCAACUUCAUCGACUGCCUCAAGGUCUUCCUCGAGGACGGCGAGACCGACGGUAUCAUCAUGAUCGGUGAGAUCGGUGGUUCCGCCGAGGAGGAGGCUGCCGAUUUCCUCAAGGAGUACAACACCAAGAACGGCGGCAAGCCCGUCGUCUCCUUCAUCGCCGGUAUCUCCGCUCCCCCCUGGCCGCCGCAUGGGCCCGCCGGUGCCAUCGUCGCCGGCGGCAAGGGUGAUGCCAACUCCAAGAUCAAGGCCCUUGAGGCCGCCGGUGUCGUUGUCGAGCGCUCGCCCGCCAACCUGGGCAAGGCCCUCCGUGAGGAGUUCGUCAGACGCGAUUUGCUUUAA